GCCUGGAGUGCUGCAGCCCAUGGGGUCACAAAGAGUCGGACACGACUGAGUGACUGAACUGACUAGGCUUUGUAAGCCUCAGUUUUUUCAUUGGUAAAAUGGGGUAAGUAAUAGUACCUACCUCAUAUUGUUGCCGUGAGAUAACGCAUUCAGAGAGCUUACAUUGCCGCUCACUGCUCAUCUGGGGGAAGUCUCUCUGACCUUCUGUGGUCCGGUCCAUGUCAUCAUGAUGUCACAAUGCACUCCUAGACUCCAACUUCUCCACUAGAGAGUUGUGGAUGCUUUGGAGCUAAGGACUGGAACUGACAUGAGAGACCUCUACCAACUGAGGGUUUCAUGAGCACACUCCUUUGUCAAGAUCUUGGUGAAUAGUCUUUCACUGUGCAAUCGUGUCUUAGAAAUUGUUUUACUUGUUAUCAUGAUCGUGCUUGGCUGGAUGCUUUUUGUUGGAUUUGCAUGUUACUUGGGCACAUUUCCAGAGUUCGUGCCUCCAACUCUGAAGUGGAAAGAGAGGUGGGUUGUUCAGGAGAGCAAGACACACCUGAGGAGCCAGCCUUUGGAUGAAGAUCUGCAACUCUGAGCAACUGUGACGGUCUGUUGAGCUGGAUUCCUCCCUUUCAAAAGAACGUGAUAGCACCCGGAAAUGUCAAUGGAAAGUUUACUUUCCUCUGGAAAAUAAAAUGAACUGUGAAACGGGAAAGAAUUUGAGGAACACUGCUGAGGACAGCAAGCCCUGGUUCAAAGAUUUGUUAAUAAUGACACCUCCUGGGUAUUCUUUUCAAUGACUGUUCCACCUAUUAUUUUUUCCAUGCAGACUCUAUAAUAAAUUAGACCAGCAUUUUUAAUGCCCCUUUUGGCAGAUUCUGAAACUUGAGUUAAUGUAAAUUUGAGUUCAGGUCCUAACUUUGCAACUUCCUGGCCAUAUGACCUUAGGAAAGUUUAAUCUCUCUGAACCUCAGUUUCUUCAUCCAUGUGGUGGAGAUAUUCCAGUAUCUUCCUGUUUUUGUGAGAAUUACAGUUGGAAAUUCAUGUGAAGCAUUUAAUGCAAAACUUGACAAGUUAGUAAAUGCUAACUUUAAGUAGUAAAUGCUAACUUAACAACUAGGCCAAAUAAUGAACUAGUCAACAGACUUACUGGUAACUAUGACCUUACCUACUUACCUGCUGCUGCUGCUGCUGCUGCUGCAAGUUGCUUCAGUCGUGUCCGACUCUGUGCGAUCCCAUAGAUCCCCUACUUAACCUAGGGCCACAAAAACCAACCCGUUUGUGAAGCUGAAACAUAGCUCUCUGGACUUAAGACCUCUCUCCUUCACUCCACUUGACCAGCCUGUCUAUAGGAAACAUUAGUAACAGUGCCCUUUUAGCAAACCAUCUCCUGGGUUUCUUGAAUCCCACCCCAUUUCAUUCAGACUGGUUUUUUCAAAGAUGUUCCCAUUGUUAAAGAAACUUAACUCUUAAGAGUCUUAAUAUUAUAAUAUGCAAUUACAGGAGCAGGUUUUCUGGGAAGCUUCUCCAGAAGGCAUGGGUAUCAAGCAAGUCCCAGCCCUAGGUAUCCUAGGAGCAGGGCAUGAUGGGGUUCUUUUUUUUUUUUUUUUUUGCCAUAUGCUCCAGAUUUUCUAUGAAAGUAUCAGCCCAACAGUCAGACCUGUGCAGGGGGGGCGGGGGGGGGGGGGCGUUGCACGUGGAGUCACUGGGCGCCUAUUUAGCUUGAGGCGCUGCCACAGUGUGAUCCUGACCAAACCACUGAAAUUGUGUGUGCUUCAGUUUCUCCAGCUAUGAAAUGAGCAGAAUAGCCCAUCUUCCUCCUCUUCCCUUCUCAGGAAAGUCAAGAGGAGGCUUUCCCUGCAUGAUGAGGGUUUAACUGUACCAUUUCUCAAAAUGCAAGACUUUUCUUUUUUGAGUAGCCUAACAACAGUUAUUCAAGUUAUUUAAGUAAGUGCUUAUAGUGUACAUAACCAAUCACUCCUCCCCAUUAAUCCAUAGUGAGUUGUUUUGUUCACAGCAAUGCCUUGUGCAUCUGAUUGCAUAAAAUAGGUAGUCAAACUUUUUGGCAGGUGAUGAGUUAAUAAAGAUAAGAUGCCAGCUAGAUCCUAACCACACAGUCACCAAAGAACAGGGCCCUCCUACUUAGAGUUCUUUAGCUGCAAAACACCUGACACCCUGGCCAACUGUCCUAUACCUUCUCACUCUGACUGGUCCUCAAGGUCACAAGAGUUGAUGUCACAAUUGGUGUCCAAGCUCUGCCCCCCAGAUAGCCAUGGUGAGCCACUUCAGUUCAAACUAGACCACGAAGCUCCCCAGCCAGGAGCUACCAUGCUGGACCAUCCACCAUCUGGUCUUGAAUGAAGACAGCCCAGUUUCCAGGGCUCGGAACAGAACACCACACCUUCCAGAACCACCUGUUUCGCUCUGCACCCACCACCAGCUAAGAAGCCCUGCAAUGAUUGUUGUCUUAUGGAUGCUUCUCAUUGCAGGAACAAUGUGGAAGGGAUACAAAUAUCCCCCAGGAGGGACCCCAGUGGAAAUAAGCAAAGAUGAUCCUGGCGAAGUGAUGCAGCUCUGAAGCUUUCCCACCCAGCUGUACAGUUCCUGAUGGUGUCACAUAUAAAGUAAUUGCACAUUA